AUGAUGACGAAAAGAGGAGGAGGAGACGAAGAAAUGGAAAUGGAAGAAGUGUUUGAUGAAACGGAACGAGACGAGGAGGACUGGAUGACAGAAUCAGCUCCUGCUCGAAUGAGUCUCAACAAAAAUGGCCUCUUCCACCAUCAAAGGAACCACCAAGAAGAAAGAGGAGAUGAUGAGGAGGAAGAAGAGGAAAUUGUAGAAGAAGAAGAAGCGGUUGAAGAAGAGCAAAAAUCCAACGACAAUGGUCCCAUGUCCAUUUCCGAGCGUCGUGCUCAGAGACUGCAAAAUCGACAGCGAAAAAUGAGACCAAGUCCUCCACCAAGACGACGUGGAGCCUCUCCUUCCCCGACGCCACCACUACGAUCAGUUGGGACCGCACCGGCAGCCACAGUCAGCAGUACCAACCGCCGAACUGCCAUUAUGAACAUGCCACAUCCAGACAUUUCCAGUCGCAGUCUAAACCCCCAAAAUUCCAACCGAACCUUAGACAACAAUAAUACUGCAGAAAACAACAAUUCAAAUACAAAUACCAAUUCAGAUCAACAAAUCGCACAAUUGAAUGCACAGCUCAUCCAGCACCAAGAACAGACCAUACAUGCCCUGCAAGAACUAUCGCAAACCAUCAAACACCUCAUGGUCACACAAAUCAAACGAGACAAGGACUCCGAAGAUGACACCAAAGACAUGCUCAAUGUCGAUCGAGCCACUGUACGAUUGGAUGGACUCGAAGUCUAUGCCGUUGUUAGUGCCCUCACCGUAGCCACCGCCAUUGCCUGCUUUGAUAGCUACGGAACCGAUCUUACCACCAUUUUCACACCAUCGCAACUCAAUCGACACAAUGCACUUCCCCUCUUUUUGAAUACCGUCUUUUUGGCCGUAUCGGGAAUUGGGAUCAUUGCCGGAUUGCAUGCCACACUGGUGUUUUCACUCAUGACCAUGUACGGACGAACCGCCGUCGGUGUCAGUCACGACGAAGCGUUUGUGGAAUUCUUUGUGCAAACGGGACGCGUCCGAUAUCGAGGAUUUCACACGUUCCGCAUGUCCCUUUACUGUUUCUUGAUUCAAGUCCUCUUUACCAUUACGUCCAAGUCAUCGCCCAUUCUACGACCGUUCGUCAUCAUCGUCAAUCUCGCCUGCAUCUAUUGGGUCUACGUCGAUACGCAAUCGGUCAUUGAUAAAGCCGGUGAUAUCUUGUUCAACUUUAAUGCACAACAACAACGACGAACAUCCGAUGCCGGGAAUCUGUCACUCCAGCGAACCUUAUCGGACAUGUCCGGCAAUGCCGGUGCGAAUAGAUCGCCGUCACGGCAGCAGCACAAUGAGAGUAGCGGGGAAUCCGAUUUGGAUGUUUCCACCAGCAGAAACAUCACCAACAAAAAGAACAGCAACCCGUGCCAAAAGCCAGUGGCGGUGGUGCCAGUACAUUGCAAAAUAUGCGACAACGAGCUCGAGCCCGGCCGUCGGCCAAAGCCGCCGCCACGGUCAAUGGCCGGUACAGUCGCAAAAAGGGUGUUGCAAGGUCCAAAUCGGGUGUUUUGGUCUACGACGUCGGACCCAGAGAUGCUAGACCGGUACGACGUGGAGGAAGACGACCCAGUCGGAAUAACUAGACUAACUAUUGAAGAGUAG